AUGGCGGAAGCCACGCAUGCAUCCCAGCUUGGCGCUGCAAACAGACGCCCAUGGACGAGACUGUUCAUCCCAGGUUCGGGAGACGGGCGCAAGCUGUUGGCUCCAGCGCAGGGCUGCAGCGGGAGCGCAAGGGAGCGCAAGCUCAAUCUGGGGUGA